AUGGGAAACAACAGUUCUCACAAGAGAACCAAAGUGCCCAAGCAGGCCUGCAGGGAGAGGCCACCUGACAUGGACAAGGCUGGGUGGAAACAGCAGUUCUUCAGCCAUCUCAAGCGGAAGAAGCCAAACGCCAAGAUCGUGCUGCUUUUCCCCUUGGACAAGCAGCAGCAGCUAUCCGACGUGGCGGCGGGCUCAGGCGCGCGGCCCGGGCGUCCAGGCGAGGACGCGACGGGCGCCCCCGUGGGCUCCCCGGCGGCGGCGCCCACGCUGCGAGGAGCGGGCGACUGCGCUGAUCGGCGCGAGGGCGCACGCGCGCGAAAGAUGAAGACGCUCUUGGUCCUGCUGCUGCUGCUGGACGCGCGGCUGCAGGAGGGGCGCUGCGCGGCCGGCGCGCCCGGAGCGGGGGGCGGGGCCAAGGUCGCGCAGGGCUGGCAGCGGCUCUACUCGCGCCUGCUGACCGACGUUCAGGCGAACCGCGAGGCCGACCCCGCCGAGGAGCAGCCGCGCAAGCGGCGCCGCUGCCCUCGCCCGCGGCCCUGA